CACCACCAGCCACGUGCCCCCAGCAUGGCCAGACCCUCCCCGGCAUCGCCAGCCCUGCAUAAAAGCGCUGCCCUUGGGGAGCCCUGGCAUCCAGCACUCCUGCCUCGCUCUGCUCAGGACAAGGGCUCAACUCUCUCACACAAAGAUGUCUUGCUACGACCUGUGCCAACCAAAAACCAGCGUGGCCGUCCCCCAGCCCAUCGCUGAGAGCUGCAAUGAGCUGUGUGCCCGCCAGUGCCCCGACUCCACAGCCUUCAUCCAGCCUCCGCCCGUGGUUGUCACCUUCCCCGGCCCCAUCCUCAGCUCCUUCCCCCAGCAAGCCGUGGUGGGCUCCUCCGGAGCACCCGCCUUUGGGGGCAACCUGGGGCUGGGGGGCCUCUACGGGGCCGGGGCCACGCUGGGCUCGGGGGGCCUCUGCACCCCUGCCAGACCCUAUGUUUCUCCCGCCUGCAGCCCUUGCGUCUUGCCGCGCUACAGCAAGAAGCUCUGGGACACCUGUGGGCCCUGCUAGACCCACAGCACACCCAGGCCCUGCCCCCAGACCUAAUCCCAACAUCACCACCCAUGCUCAGCUGAGCUGCUGGCCAAGAUCUCAGGAUGCUGCACCAACACAGUAUCCUGAGCAAAAAGCAAGGCUCUUGAAAAGAUCCGUCUGCUAACACAGAGCAACCAGCCUCUCUGGGUCUUGACCAUCAUCCCUCUGACAAUCUCUCCUGCUCCCCUGGGAACAAUAAAAUUUUCCUGCAUGCAA